AUGAACAAACAUCGACAACCAUCCAAUAUGGUAGAAAAAAGACAGCAGAGAAGAAGAGCAGUGUUGGCAUGUACAAACUGUAAACGGAGAAAACUCAAGUGUGAUCACCAACUCCCUUGCAGCAGCUGUCGUAACACAAAGAGGGCGAUUCCCGAAUGCACCUAUGAAGUGAUGGACGAUAAGUCAGCAACUGACCAGCAGUCACUGCAGUCUGGAGUCAGCUUGUACACAAGUCCCGGAAGUAAUCCACAGAAAUAUCUAUUGGCUGCAGUCAACCAAGCAGCAACAUCGACGAACCCAAUAGUCAGUCCCACUAGUCAAGAACGGUAUUCUUCAAGCUCAGCAACCGACCCCAGCGUUGCUAGCAAAAGUUCACGCUGGGAUAAACCUGCUUCUGCUAAACAACCACAGACUAACGAGUCAUUGGUGGAUCUUCUGGACUUUAUUCACAUGAAGGAGUUCAAAGGCAGCCGUGUGUUUUUUGGACCAACAUCGUGGAAGACAUGCAUCAUGUACUGGUGCAAGACCAUUCCUGUAAUGAGCGAUAUCCUGGCCAUCACGGUGAGGGAAAUGAUGUCGUUGAAACUACCAGAGAAGGAGGGGGAACAAGCAGAUACUAGUCCAACAUACCACAUUGCCAGUCUACUUCCAGACUACGAGGAGUCCAUUGUCCUUCUCAAGUCGUUCAAUAGAGACACGUUCUUCACAAAAUGUUUCAACCACGACACCAUAGCCAGAUAUGUGCAUGAAGUGGUAACACCAUCGGGACCCAACUUACAAGCACCAAGUGCCAAUCUCAGCAUUGUUCUAUCGAUCAAGGCGUUGGUGUCGUUCUUCAACGGACAGGUCCCAGAUACCCGAUUGCUAGUGGCCUCCAGGUUAUUCUUGUUCAAGACGGACCUCAAGUCCAACUUUGCCACGUUGACUGCGCUUUUGUUGUUGUACGAGUGCCGUAAGUACGACUGCAACAUAGACUUUGAGGAGGCGGUAUCGUAUGACCAGAGUCUUUUCUCCACCAUCAUUACACUUGGGUUAUCACUUGGGCUCCAUCGAAACAUAUCCCAACUUCAUUUAGAAGACCCGCUCAACAUGGCUGCCAUACAGCACACAUGGAAGUUCCUCAUGCUUGAAGACUCGUUGAGAAGUUUCCAGAGGGGAUUGCAGCCGAUGAUCAACGACAACUACACGGCCAACAGAAUGCUCCAUUUGGUUAAAACAAGAUGCACAUCGUCUAUUCUCACGUUCAGGAAGGUCAACGAUGAGAUCAAUCUGUGUGUGGCAAGCGAGAGCGUGGACUUGGACUCGGCGUUGUCGUCCAUAGAGAUGUUGAUGUUUGAGACGCCUCCGACAGACCAUGACGAUAUGCAUCUACAGUUGUUCUUGUACACAUACGCCCAGACGAUCACCACCAUCCGGUACUUGAAGAACAAGAGCGGCAAGAAUCGAUACGCGGCCUUCAGAUACAGUUUGUUGCUUUACAAGUUGCUGAAGGAGAUGCUCUUUGAUUUGAUUGAUUCUUCAGGACGCAUCAUGCCAAGCCUGUUUUACCAGGAAAUCAAGGAGUCGAUAUUCCGGGCCACGUUCUUUUUGCUUGUGCUCGUGCUUCAGCUGUUUGAUAACGUGGAGAAGGUUGCUGGUCACCUACCGUACCAAGAGGUGUUGCUCUCCAGAAUAGAUGCUUCUACAGACGUGUUUUGGUUGAUGUAUACUGUGACACACGAGGUGCUGGCGACAAUCCUGAAGAUGACCAACGUGAGUCUAACAGCAAGGGCCAUGAUCAUAUUCAUCAACCACAUUUUAACCUACGUGAUGGGUGAGAUCGAACAGAGGGCAGCUCCAGCACAGUUGACACCCGACAGUUUUAAUUUUUCACCAGUGUCACUACCAGAUUUGGAUCUCGAUUUAUUCCAAAACGACAACUGGGGGUUGUUCUAA